CAGAUUGUCAGAAGGCGAUAAGGAAAUCAAACUGUUUUCCGAUUAAAGUUGUUGCCAUUCAACUAACCCCUAACAACAUUUUCUCAACCCCCACGCGCCAAUCUAACAAUCUUCAUCUUCCAUCUACAUGUAAAAUAUCCUCAUUGCCAAAAUCGAUUUUUCUCACGUAACAAUUUCCAUCCUAAAUUUUCUCUCCGCACAUCUCUCCCUAUGACCUCGCGCCAGUUGAAUUCUCGUGGAAUAACCAUCAAACUGUAAUAACAUCUGGUCUUUCUGAAAGCCCCUUAUUGAAAAGAAGACGAACAAAAGUAUUCUUCUUUUUUUAAAAAAAAAAUUGCUAUAUUUUUUGGGUAGCGUACGAUAAUCAGAUUGUUCCGUUGAUUUCUUGGGCUAGGGUUUCUGUUUGCUCGAUACAGGGCAAAAGGUCAAGGCGUCGCUGGCACAGCAAGGCAGAAAUUGAGGGCUUAGCCCACACUGGUUUUUUCUUGUUUUGUAACUCAUAAGAAUAAUUGAACUGGAGACUUUGCUAUGUUGGCUUUGAAUUGCAAUGGGAUUGGCUCCAUUAACUGUUUCUUUCAUUUCUCUGAAUGGCAUCCUCUGGAAUAGAGUAGCCGAUCGGCCCUCCGAUACCCACUUCAGUAUUUCAUAUAGACAGAAGAAAGGUUAUAAUUUAUUUUGCUUCAAUCUCGAAAUUUUGAAUCAAAAGAAUAACAUUGCUGUAUGUUUAAUGGCACAUAGCUUCUAGAAUUUGAACUGGAGUGCUUUCCAGCUCCUGUUGAAUGAGUUAUUUCCAAAUCUGAGGUUUGACUAUCAAGUUUAUUAGUUUUCAGUGUAUUUAAAUUUGGGCUGGACUGUUGUUAUUACAAAUUUUAUUUAAGAAAGAAUUCGAUCAAGGAAGUGAAAGAAAUGGGCUGCUGUGGGUGUUUUGGUUUCUCUUCGAGGAAGCCAAAGAAGGCAGCGAGACCCUGUAGGGGUAUGCCCGUCAGUGCUUCACAGGAGUCCUUGUUGGACGAUGAUGUAGAAGACGAGGACGAGGAUUUUUAUAAUGGAGAUAUGACAGAAACCGGGGUUCCAGAUGAAUAUGAUUUUCAAAGCCCAACAAAGCGCUCUGAAGAGAUCUUGAUGUCCCUGCUGGAGAAUGGAUUGGUUUGCAGGGAGUUCCCUGUUAAAGAAACCAACACUCUGCUACGCUCUGAGGAUGAUGAUGGAAACAAGACUAUCAAUGAAUAUGUGCGCGACCGUAAGAUUGGUUCUGGCAGCUAUGGGAAAGUGGUUCUUUAUCGAAGCCGUGCUGAUGGAAAACAGUAUGCAAUAAAGGCCUUUCACAAAUCUCAUUUGCUGAAGCUACGAGUUGCGCCUUCUGAAACUGCCAUGACUGAUGUUUAUCGUGAGGUCUUAAUUAUGAAAGUGCUGAGCCAUCCUAAUAUAGUCAAUCUGGUGGAAGUUAUAGACGACCCAACAACAGAUCACUUCUAUAUGGUUCUUGAAUAUGUGGAAGGAAAAUGGGUCUGUGAGGAUGCUGGCCCUUCAUGUGCUCUAGGGGAAAAUACUGCACGGAAGUACUUACGUGAUGUAGUUUCUGGAUUGAUGUAUCUCCAUGCUCAUAAUAUAGUGCAUGGAGACAUUAAACCUGAUAAUUUGUUAAUUACUAGUUCCGGCACAGUUAAGAUUGGUGAUUUCAGCGUCAGCCAGGUUGCUGAGGAUGAUAAUGAUGAGCUCCGCCGUUCACCUGGAACUCCUGUUUUUACAGCGCCUGAGUGCUGCUUAGGUGUAACCUAUCGUGGAAGAGCUGCUGACACUUGGGCUGUUGGAGUUACAUUGUACUGUUAUAUUCUGGGGAACUAUCCAUUUCUAGGGGAGACUCUCCAAGAUACCUAUGACAAGAUAGUGAAUAACCCAUUGUUGCUACCUGAUGACAUGAACCCACUAUUGAGAGACCUACUUGAGGGUCUUCUUUGCAAAGAUCCGAUGCAGAGAAUAACACUGGAGGCCGUUGCACGUCAUCCCUGGGUUGUUAAAGACGACGGCCCAAUGCCUUACCACUUGUGUUGGUGUAAAUACGGCAGGCUGCAGGCGGCAGCAGCAGCUUCAUUGGAGGGGAGAGGAGACGAUACUAACUCAUAGCUGUUGUGCUGGUUAGAUCUUGUAUAGAAUUUAGGCACUGUGACAUUUCUCUCUUGGUUUGCGAAACCGGAAUCAGUUUAUACAAGAGGUGGGUUGAAAGCAGCAUUUGAAGGGGUGUUUAACUGGUGGAGACCACCUAUUUAGUGUUCGUACAUAGAUGGAAGACAAACAUGACACACUUUUGCCUGAUAGAAAAAUUCAUAUAUUUUAGUGCCCUCUUUUAUCUUGGAUUUCA